GAAGGCGACCACCGUGACCACACGUCCGCCCUCUCGAACGACGACGACGAAGACAAGUACGCGUCCGAGCCAGAUCCAAACGACAGCCACGAUGUUCUUCACGAUCUUCGCUCUGUUCACUGCGUCCCCGAUGCUCGUCGCGCUCAUCCUUUCCGCCGCGGUCCCCUUCGCGGCAGCGGCUCCCUCCUUCGCUGCACCCCCGGCUAUGUUCCAUUCGCGGCGAGCAGAGUCCGAUGGGCCGUGUGUUCCCCCUUUCAACGGCGUUGGCGUCUCCGUAACCAACUCGGCGCGAGAGUGGGGUGUGAAGCAGCCGCCCGCGGCCAACGCGUCCGUCACCAGCGAGUCCUCCAACCCGAACAACGCAAGUAUGCUCGCCAAGGUUGACUUCUUCUUCCACCCGAUCGAGGGGGACGAUGAUUCGCUGUUCACCAUCAGCCCGGCAGGCAAGAAGCACCUCGCUGUCGCGAUCACCGAGAGCGGGAAUCUGACGCUCGCCGAUGCAGCCGACGAUGACGAGUCGCAGCACUGGUCGGUGCAGUGCGACUACUGCAACGCCGACUCCUCCAUGCAGGGCCAGUUCUCGUACGGUUGCAACAUCACAUCCGUAACGAACGGACAGUGCGUCGAGAUCGCAAAGGAUGCGAAGGACGCCAACUUCCUCGCACCCUGCGCCGGGAUCGACCACCAAAACUUUGACCUCUGGACGAAGUGCGACUGGUGCUGAACCUGAACUGCCGCCAGGUCAUCGUAUUGCCCUCACGGACCCUCGAAUCUCUUGGACUAUCACUAUUCGUCUCGCUUGCAGACAUUAUUACCCUCGACCCCGUCUCCGGCUGUUCGCUCGCUCUUGUGACAUUUAGUACCUUACAUACGGACCAUAGUGAACAAAACACAUAAAGAAGACAAUGUACCAUACCUGUAUCCCUCACGUGCAUUACGCUCUUGCAAUGCUACCUCACGUUCCGGCCACGAA